AUGACCGAGCUCACUCGCACCCUGCCUGCCUCAUGGUACUGCAACGAGCCACUCUAUCAAAUGGAGCGUAAGGCGGUCUUUCUCAAAUCCUGGUAUUUGCUUGGUCCGGUGACUCGAUUCCAGAAAGUAGGCGAGCAUGUGGACUAUGAAAUUGCUCAACAGCCAAUUUACGCUGUUCGCUUGUCUGGUGAAGCUUUACAUCCUCUUGCCGAUGAACUGAAGGUGUUUGAUGCGAGGACGGACAAAGAAUUGCGCAGCCACCUUACACCAACUGGUCUUUUAUUCUCAACAAUUUCCGACGAUGCCCCUUCCUUCCAUGAGUUCUUCCCAGAACUUGAAGAAUUAUUGGGUAAAGUCGACUUCACUCGGCUGCCCCACCGACGCAGCAUUCGCUACGAGGGUCGCUUCAAUUGGAAGACCAUGGUGGAUGGGUAUCAAGAGUGCUUGCACUGCCAGUACACCCAUCCCUCAUUCUCGGUCUUCUAUCCGCCGACUUUCUACACCGUACGCAAUAACCACAACUUCUCCCAGCAUAUCGCGGACCCCAAGAAGCCCGAUGAUGGUUUGUUUCUCUAUUUCUUCCCCAAUUGUACGCUGAACGUUUACGGUGGCGGUAUGUCGUCUUUCCGUGUUUGUCCAACUGCGGAUCCACAAGUUACUCGUAUGGAGUUUGACUACUACCACCUCGCCGAGGGUGAAAGAUUUGAAGAGUAUUUCAAAUUUGUCCGACAAGUGGCAAUGGAAGACUAUGAGCUUUGCGAAAAGGCCCAGGAUAACUUGGCCAGAGGUGUUUAUCAUGAGGGUAUCUUAAACCCGGAAAAGGAGAACGGGGUUUCUUACUACCAACAGCGAGUCUUCCAGAUGGUCUGUGAGCAGCACGCGGCCGAUCGGGCGUCUAAGCGGAAUGAUGACUCUGUGCUAAAGGAUCAGGUUGCGCCACCUUUGGUACAGAUGACAGCUUAG